AUGCGGAAUUCAAGCAGCCAGCGCCUCCCAGUCAAGAGACCGCGGCCACGGGAAGCAGAGGAGCCCGAGCUGGGGCGAAAAGGGAGAGUGGCCUCUCAUCACAGAGCACUCUCCCUUUUCCAUCCAUUACCUUUUGCUCUGACACGGGUCUGCAUGGCUCAGUAUGAGAAUAACUUCAACACUUGGGCCUUUAAUGGAGGAAAUAGCAAUGGCAGUAGUGACUAUGGGAUCUUCCAGCGGAACAAGUGGUGGUGCAAAGACAACAGGCAUUCCUCAGAAAAUGCCUGCAACGUAAUGUGCAACAAGUUUAUGAAUGAUGACAUUGAUGAUGACAUCCACUGUGCCAAGACAGUUGUGAAAGAUCCUAAUGGGAUGUCUGCCUGGGUGGCCUGGGUAUAACACUGCAAAGAUUUGGAUUUGUCCAAAUACCUGGCUAGCUGUAAGCUGUCAGACUGUCUUUGAAUGUGGUUCCUGAAGAAUGUUGCCCAGAAGACAGGGCAACUCAACAUUUUUGGAGGCUCUGAAUCUUCCCCCAUCCCUGCCUCCAAAAUAAAAAUUACUCAACCUGUCUCAAGUAGCAUGUUUAAAGGCUGGGUCAUGACGAAGACUUUCUGCAGAAACUUCUGCUGGAAAUCUUGUUCUCUCCAAGACUACCACUCAAGUUUCCCUGGAGUUUCCCAUAUCUCUUCUGGAAAAACAUUUAAGGAAAAUCCUUGCCUGAGAACUUCUUGGGUGUUACCCAGUCUGGGCUCAAAGUGACACUUGAACAUGGCAUUCAAGAUGCCAGCUUUUAUGGAAUUCAUUUAGUGGAGGUAGCUACCCUUAUUUUCCAUUACCAGGAAGGCAAGCUCAGGAUGAAACUGAAGAAAAUUGUGAGAAAGAUUUGGUUUAGAGAUUGGGAAGGACUGGAAGAAUAUCAGAAUGAUUAUGUUAGUUACUGUAAAUGUCUAAGAUGCUGUAACAGAAUUCCAAAAAUAUAGUACGAGUAAUUUAUUUGUCUCUCACAUAACAAUCCAAAGUGGGUAGACAGACUCCUUUGAAACCCAGGAUCUUUCCAUCUUGCAUCUCCACCAUCCCCUGCAAUCGUGCUACUCAUAGUGUGAUUCAUGGACCAGCAGCAUCACUUUUCACCUGGGAGCUUGUUAGAACUACGAAUCUGGAGUCCACUGCCAACCUACUGAAUCCUUGUUUUAAUAGUUUAAUGAGCUCUCCAGGUGAUUCUUAUGUAGAGUAAAAUUAGAGAAGCACUACCUUAGAGUACUGUCCUCAUCUAUAUGGACAAAGCUGGAUGGAAGGUACAUCCCUGUUCCAGUUUGUGGGAGGGGGAAUGAGGGUGGAGAACACACGUGCAAAGUUUUAAAGCCCAAGCCUGGAAGAGGCACAUCACUUCCACUUAAAUUCCAAAGGUAAGAAUUUAAUCACACAACCAUACCUAGCUGCAAG